AUUUUUCAAUUAUUAAACGAGUUCAUUUGCAUAUAAACCGAAAUAUUAUUCACGAAGUCGUUCCCAUCUAGUGAACGUAGUGAGUGACGUUAUUUCCAUUUUAAGUGUUCAAGGAAACCCAUUUAAUACAUUUAAGAACUUUUAUUAUUCCCUUAAAUAUAAGAUAUUAAUUUAUUCCGAGUUAGUGGGAAGGAAAAUGUCGAACGUAGAAGAGGAAGGAAGAUUCGAUCUAGACGAAGUAAUUCUAGCGAACGAGGAUGGAAAAUCUGUGGUCGUAUCACGAACAUCCUUGAUAGAAAAAGGAGGAUUACUCAAACACUUCAUAAUCGUUUGUCCGAAUGAAGGAAAGUUUAUUCUCAGACUACCUGUAACAUUGGAAAUGCUCCAUCAAUUUGCCAGAUUUUUGAAUGAUGAAUUACUUUCAUUUCCUUACGCGGACGAUGGAUUCCAAAUGUACUUAAUCUGCAAACAAUAUUUUAUUAACGAACUUCAAGAAAUAUAUUUUAAUACUUGCAUCACGUGGAUGUACUUCCACCGCGCUUGUCAUAUCCACGAUUUGUCCUGUAGACACAACGAAAAACAAUUGCAAUAUCAUUGUUGGAAGCAUUUCAGUCUGUCUGAAAAAAGUUUAUUUAGUAGAGAUGAUUUUCAAUUGUGUGAAGAAACUACUGUCCACAAGUUAAUGACUUGCCCAGUGUACGUCAGUCUAGACGAGCUCGAUUUGUUCCAUGGACUUAGCAUGUGGAUCGAAAAAACAUUUGUGAAAUUGAGGGCAAAAAAUGGCAGCAUAUCGAAAAGAGACGUCAUAAAACCUUUCCUGUCUUUCAUCAGAUAUUUUGUUAUAGAAUCCGAACACUUAACACGUAUUGUGAACGACUGCCACGAAGAACAAACUUUAACAGAAGAAGAAGUUCAAUCCAUAAGAAGAUAUAUCACUCAGAAAAAUGUUGCCAUUCUUCCAGAAAUAGUAUCUGCUAAUGUUAUUCCUCGAAGGCUUUCAGAUUAUUUUUCAUUUAUUGCCAAAAACCCCGUGACAGAAGAAAUAUUAGAAAACGAAGAAACAAUGGAAGCAGAUUUUCGGUUUAUGGCUGAUAUUUGGGUACACGAAAAGUGCUUCUUGGAUGAAAUUAAACUGCCACUAACUUAUAAUAAAACUCAACGGAUAAAGGUUUUCGUCGGUGUUAAAUCGACUUACACACAAGAUUUUGUAUACGAACAAAGCACGUGUUAUAACAAUGGAAUUGUUGUUUUAAAGAAAGCGAAAUUGCUAUCGAAGCGUAGCUUUUAUAUCUUUUCAGUUAGGAUUCCUAAAGAGGUAAUAGAUUCCACUUCGAUAACGGUUUUACAAAAAGUACAAGGAUACGUUCCGAUCUACGAUUUCCUAGAUACAAUUACAAGACGUAAAGACAAAAAAACUAAAUUUUCUUGUACUCUUUGCCUCUGUUUUUAGAAAUUCUUUUGAUGUUUAUCUGAAAUUUUUAUGUAUUUUUAAUUGAAUGAAUACUCGUUUGUACUUCAAAACUUCUUUUUAUUUUAAAUGGAUGUAAAUUUCAUAAACUAUCGAUAAUUUUAUUGUUCUACUUCAAUAAUUAGAGGUAAUAAUUGCAAAUAUAAAUUUCAAUCUUUACCGUGACGAAAAUGAUUUUCCUAUUAUUGCGAAUGUGUUAAAGAAUAACAGUGUAAUAUAUA